AUGGCUCCCAUAUCCAAUUAUAACUUUGUUUUAGAAUCCCUUGUUAAAGUUGGGUCUUACCCCACUGUUUUUUCCCUUUUUAAUAAAUUGGAUGAGUCUACCCAAGACAUUCACACUUGGGCUAUCCUCAUCAAAUGUCAUUCUGUCGAUGGUAACAUGUCUUCAGCUAUCUCUCUUUUCCAUAAGAUCAUCGACACCGGUCAUCAUCCUACUGCUGGUACUUUGUAUUCUCUUUUAUAUGGUUUUUGUGAUAGACAUCAGAUUCACAAGGCAAUGCACUUUUACAAUUACAUCAUACUUAAAAAGGGUUUUCAGUUGGACCAUAAGUGUUAUCUUGUUCUAAUCAAAGGAUUAUGUAAGAUAGGAGAAACGCACACAGCAAUACAGUUGUUGAGGCGUGCACUCCAGACUGAUGAGGAAGGUGACUUUACUCUCCUGCGCCCUGAUUCUUGCACAUAUAGUCAUCUAGUCUAUGGUUAUUGCAUCCUCGGUCAAUUUAAACAGGCAAUUGACUUCUUUAUAGAAUUGGAGGCAUUAAGAACCGGCUCACCAACCCACCCUCCUACUUUAGUUACCGCCGAACGAGACGUGAAAUCUGCUAUCGGUCAAUUUAAAGAAGCACUUGACUUAUUAAUAAUAGAAUUGGAGGCAUCAAGAACCGCGGCCUCUCCAACCCCUCCUACUUUAGUUACCGAACGAGAUGUGAAAUCUGCUAGAAGUGUGGCAGCUGUGAUGAUAAAAGGUGGUGUCAAACCUAAUGUUGCUUGUUAUCGCUCAGUUUAUGAUGGACUAUACAAAGGCCAAGGUGGAUCAAAAAGCAACCUUAUGAAUAAGAUUGAAAAAAAGGUCAAAAAACUGCUACUUUCCGUACCUUACGAGUUUAACGGUAUUUCUUAUGAUUGA